AUGUAUCGUUUCUUGUUUCAUCGUUGCAGAACUUCUUAUAUAUAUAAUCGAGUGGAAAUACAAUAUGCCUUCACUACGACUAAGAGUUUAUAUCAUAAUUAUGUCGACUUCAUUCGUGAAAUCAUACAGAAUAUGGGUAUUUUACAACCAACUUCUAACGAGAUUAUGAAAGAUAUUGACUUGACGAAUAAAACCUGUUUAAUAACGGGCGCAAAUAGUGGAAUUGGACAGGAAAUGACGCGCUGCUUAAGCAGUAAAAAUUGCACGGUAAUAAUGGCUUGUCGUAACACAUAUGCAGCCGAUAUCGUUGCCAGGACUGUUUGUAAGAGGACUGAUCGACUAAAAGUAUAUGAAAUAAAUCUAUCGUCACUUUCUUCUGUGAAAAAGUGUUCAGACGAAAUCCUAAGAGAUAUACCAAAACUCGAUAUAGUCAUUUUAAAUGCGGCCGUGUUCGGUUUACCUUGGACCCUCACCGAGGACUCGUUUGAAACAACAUUUCAGGUUAACUACUUGAGUCAUGCGUAUUUGCUUAUGAAUAUUGAAAAAAUACUUGCCCCCGACGCUCGUGUGAUUAUUGUAUCUUCGGAUUCACACAGACAUGUCAAUUGGCCUUUCUUCCAUAAACUGUCACCAACUAAAGAAAUGGUGUCACUUCCAAAACACGAAUACACUUCUAUAAAGGCUUACAAUAUCUCUAAACUUUGUGGCAUCUUUUUUAUGCACUACUUGGGUUACCGUUGGUUGAACACGGGUAAGUUGGUGUUCUGUGCCAACCCAGGCACCUUCGUCAAGACAAGACUUUGUACUAAUUGGUGGCCCUACGAGACUCUUUAUAAUAUCAUGAAACCGUUUUCUAAGACUAUUAGCCAGGCCGCUAGUACACCACUGUAUUGUGCAGUUGCGCCGGAGUUGAACGGAAUGACUGACCAAUAUUACAAAAACCUUCAGCGAUGCGACGAGAGCGAACUAGCUCAAGACUUGCACUUAUCGUUUAGAUUUUACGACUUAACGCGUGAGUUGUUACUCGAGCAAGCCAUAAGUAGAGACUCGGUCACCGUUCUUGAGGAAAAAGCUGAAGAAUACCCGCAACAGGCCAAGGAAACAAUUGAUGAUAGUACGUUGGUGGCUAAUUAUUCUGGUUAA